GCUCUUCGCUACGGCCCUUGGUCCUGACCGCAGCGGGGGUCGCAGGUCGUCCGGGGCAGGCUCUCCUCGUCGCUCCCCCAUGGAGGAGGCGGCGCUCACGGCUGCAGCACCGGAUGCUCUCACCUCCUUCUGUACGGCGACGAAGGCGCUGGCCGCGCGAGCUCAAGAGGCGGCGGCCCGUGCGGCCUGUGUGGGCGUGUAAGCGGAGGUGACCAGGGCCAAAUAGUGGAGGGGAAGCCGCAUGGCCGGCCUCCAGCUGGGGUGAGGCCGGAGCUACUCUGUCAGGGUUUAAAACUGUAAAUGAGAAUAAAGAGUAUUAUUUACAAGGAAAUGAAAGUGAAUAAGUCAUCUCUGACUGCUUCCAGACUUUUUUUCCUAAGAGACCAUAUUAAAGUUACAUGUCUUUAGGUCAGCAGGGAUGACUCUGUGUUUUGCUCUGCACGUAAUGGAAGGGUGCCAAAGGAUUUGAAGAUUGCAUAGUCCUGCCUCCAGCACCAGUGCUUUCUCUGUUUUGUGAUCAAUGUGAUUCACAAGAACUUCUUUAGUAACAAACGAAAUGAUCCAGGGCCGUGGAAAAUAUGACUUUUACAUUGGUCUGGGAUUGGCUAUGAGCUCCAGCAUUUUCAUUGGCGGGAGUUUUAUUUUGAAAAAAAAAGGUCUUCUUCGACUUGCCAGGAAAGGCUCCAUGAGAGCAGGUCAAGGUGGCCAUGCAUAUCUUAAAGAAUGGUUGUGGUGGGCUGGAUUGCUAUCAAUGGGAGCCGGUGAGGUGGCUAACUUUGCUGCAUAUGCCUUUGCACCAGCCACCCUAGUGACUCCAUUAGGAGCUCUCAGCGUCCUAGUAAGUGCCAUUCUUUCUUCAUACUUUCUAAAUGAAAGACUUAAUCUUCAUGGGAAAAUUGGAUGUUUGCUAAGUAUUUUAGGAUCUACAGUUAUGGUCAUUCAUGCUCCGAAAGAAGAAGAGAUUGAGACUUUAAAUGAAAUGUCUCACAAGCUGGGAGAUCCAGGUUUUGUGGUCUUUGCAACACUUGUGGUCAUUGUGUUAUUGAUACUAAUCUUCGUGGUGGGACCUCGCCAUGGACAGACAAACAUUCUUGUGUACAUAACAAUCUGCUCUGUAAUUGGAGCAUUUUCAGUCUCCUGUGUUAAGGGCCUGGGCAUUGCUAUCAAAGAGCUGUUUGCUGGAAAACCUGUGCUAAGACAUCCCCUGGCCUGGAUUCUGCUGCUGAGCCUUAUAGUCUGUGUGAGCACACAGAUUAAUUACCUGAACAGGGCCCUGGAUAUAUUCAACACUUCCAUUGUGACUCCAAUAUAUUAUGUAUUCUUUACAACAUCAGUUUUAACUUGUUCAGCUAUCCUUUUUAAGGAAUGGCAAGAUAUGCCUAUUGAUGAUGUCAUUGGUACUUUGAGUGGCUUCUUUACAAUCAUUGUGGGAAUAUUCUUGUUGCAUGCCUUUAAAGACGUCAGCUUUAGUCUAGCAAGUCUCCCUGUGUCUUUUCGAAAAGACGAAAAAGCAAUGAAUGGCAAUCUCUCUAACAUGUAUGAAGUUCUUAAUAAUAAUGAAGAAAGCUUGACCUGUGGAAUUGAACAACACAGUGGUGAAAAUAUCUCCCGAAGAAAUGGAAAUCUCACAGCUUUUUAAGAAAAAUGUAAUUAAAAGGCUAAUCUGUAAUUGUGUUAUCAAGUGAAUUUGAAUAUCAGAAUGUGUCUGAAAAAGCAUUGUUCUCAAAAAAUGUUCUCUGGAGACAAUCUUUUACAAGUUUCACUGAUUUGGACCAAGAAAUUAUUAUAUUUAUAUGAUGGUAGCUCACUAAAAUGACCUCAGUACAUGGCCAAUUUCUAUUAACAUUGUAUUAUUAUAGAGGUAUUUUAAAUUUUUCUUUCACCACAAUCUAAAUGCACUGACAGUUUUAAGUCGAUAAAAAUGCUUUAUUUUUUCAUUGGUAAUUAAAAUCUGAAAUGUACAUUUGUCAUCCCCAGUCCAUCAAUCCCUGACCAUUUGAAGGCUUUUUGAUUUAAAAAGGAACAAAAUUUUCCUAAUACCUUAUCCUGUGAUUUACCUUACCUAUAAGAAUGACUCCUGUUUGAUGAAUUUUUUUAAUUUUGAAAUGUUAAGUUUAAGAGAAUCCUAAGUUAUGAAAUGAAGAAAAACUCAAAUUUACCAAACAAUAAAGGGUAGGAACUUGCCCCAUGGGAGAUGUUUCUCACACUGUGACUUAUCACCCCACAUUUGAUGGUCUUCCUAUUCCUUGAUGGCACCUUGCUAAAUCAGUGCAUCCUACAUAUGUCAGGCUGCAGCCUGACUGGUUUCAUUCUUUACUUACUCUAAUCCCUUGAUACUUGGAAUCUUGAUUUACCAUUUUACAUCAGCUCUUGUACUUUUCAGUGUAUUUUCAUAAUGAGUUAUAUUGUCAUUAAGAUCUUCUAACAACUCUGGGAAAUAAAGUCAAAAGACUAAUUUCUUAAAUUUAGCUCAUGUUAUAAUAAAAAGACAAAUUGAAA